CCCAUCUCCCAUAUUCCCAUCCAAGAGUAGAGGAGAGAAGAGAAGACGCAGCUCACGCGCGAGGCGAGUGAGCCCACCACCGCCCCCCUCCUCCUCGCCACCGCCACGUCAUCUCCCCACCCUCCUCCUCUUCCUCCCUCCGCCGCCAUGGGCCGCCGCGCGCUGCCGCCGUCGUCGUCGUCGUCGUCGUCGUCGUCGACGACGACCACCUCGCCGGAGCUGCGGCGGAAGCGCACGGCCGCGCCGCCCCCGCCGCCGUCGCCGCGGAGGUACCGCUCGAUCUCCGACGUCAUGCGCCGCUCGCUGCCCGUCGACGCGGCGCCCCCCGUGGCGCGCGCCUACGAGAGCACGCGGUGCGACGUGUGCGGGUCCGGGGAGCGGGACGAGGAGCUGCUGCUGUGCGACGGCUGCGACCGCGGCCGCCACACCUUCUGCCUCCGCCCCAUCGCCGCCAGGGUCCCCACCGGCCCCUGGUUCUGCCCGCCAUGCGCCCCGCGCUCCAAGCCCGUCAAAAGGUUCCCGAUGACUCAGACGAAGAUCGUUGAUUUCUUCCGGAUUCAGAAGGGCGCAGAGGAUGCCGAGGCGGAGAAAUAUGGGCUUUUUCAAGAUGUUAAGAAGCGAAGAAAGCGUUCCCUUGUUAUGCACAAGAAGAGGAGGAGGAUACUGCCAUAUGUCCCAACUGAAGAUAAAGUUCAAAGGCUCAAACAAAUGGCUUCUCUAGCCACUGCUAUGACAUCUUCGAAGAUGAAGUUCAGUAAUGAGCUGACUUACAUGCCUGGUAUGGCUGGGAGAUCGUGUAAUCAAGCUACACUGGAAGAAGGUGGCAUGCAGAUUCUUCCAAAAGAGGAUAAGGAAACUAUAGAACUUUGCAGAACCAUGCAAAAAAGGGGAGAAUGCCCUCCCCUUCUUGUGGUGUUUGAUUCACGCGAAGGGUUCACAGUGCAGGCUGAUGCUGAUAUUAAAGAUAUGACCUUCAUCGCCGAAUAUACUGGAGAUGUUGAUUUUUUGGAAAACAGAGCAAAUGAUGAUGGUGACAGUAUAAUGACUCUUCUUUUGACAGAAGAUCCUUCCAAAAGGCUGGUUAUUUGUCCUGAUAAGCGUGGAAACAUUUCCCGUUUCAUUAAUGGCAUUAAUAAUCACACUCUGGAUGGCAAAAAGAAGAAGAAUAUUAAAUGUGUCCGGUAUGACAUAGAUGGUGAGAGCCAUGUCUUGUUGGUUGCCUGCCGUGAUAUAGCUUGUGGUGAGAAGCUAUAUUAUGAUUACAAUGGAUAUGAGCAUGAGUACCCAACUCAUCAUUUUGUCUAACUUAGUCUAGUUUUGUUACCUGCCCAGCAUUAAGGACCCUGGGCAAGUGUAGGGCUUAAUGGCAACAUUUUCAGCAUUGCCACCAAAAUCCAAUAAUUUAUAACAUAUAUCUUUGGUACAAAUGAAAAGUUAAAACCAAUUUUCAGAAGCAGCCCUGAAUGACAAAAAUGUAGGUGCUGGUGAUAUUAGGAGUGAGAGCAAUCUUCUCAGCUGUUGGGACAAGAGGAAUCUUCAUUUUUCCUGGUCUCCAAGAUGCAAUCUUCUCAUUGAUAUUUUUUAUUUAUUCUGGAGCUUCCUGCUCAAAUUCUCUUCUUUUUAGGGAUUUUCAUCCCUUUAUGUGGGAGUAAAUAUGUGUCUUUGUAUCUAUUUAAAAGAGUGAUGUAAUGAGGCAGUAACUGCUCCCUUUUAAAUAAAGACACAUUUUUCAUUGGAGAUA